AUGUUUCUCCGUUUCACUUCGCAGCUGUUCAACAAGCUAUUGGUGGCGAAUCGCGGCGAGAUCGCGUGUCGCAUACUGCGCACGGCGAAGAAGCUAGGCAUCCCCACCGUCGCCAUCUACUCCGACACCGACAUCGAGGCUCCCCAUGUCCGCCUCGCCGACGAGGCCGUCCACGUCGGCCCGUCGCCGGCGAACGAGAGCUACCGCAACGUGGAGCGCGUGAUGGAUGCCGUCAUCAAAGCCGGCGCCGACGCCGUGCAUCCGGGGUACAGCUUCCUGUCGGAGAAGCCCGAGUUCGCGGAGAAGCUCAAGGCGCAGGGCGUCACGUUCGUGGGCCCCACGCCCGAGGUCAUGCGACUCAUGAAAGACAAGACGGCAAGCAAGCACGCGGCGGUGGCGGCGGGGCUGCAGGUGCUGCCCAUCGGGGAUGCCGUUGCCUCCGAUGAGGACCACGCCGUCCAACUCGCCAACAAGGUGGGCUUCCCAGUGGUGCUCAAGUCCCUCGACCGCAACCAGUCCCAUGUGCUGCGCAUUGCCUCGAACGCGCGUGAGGUGCGGGACCACUACGACCAGUUCCAGCAGGACCUCUCGUUCGUCUCGCCUGGCGCGCACAGCCAAGUCGUCGUCGAACACUACCUGGAGAAGGCGCGGCUCAUUGAGAUUCAGAUCGUGGCCGACAAGCAUGGCGGCAUGGUGCGUGCACUCUGUGGUUCCCGGAGCGAGAGGCGUCCAUCCAGAGGCGCUACCAAAAGGUACGCUCGCCUGCUCUCCCUGGCCGUCCUCCCUCCUGUCCUUCCUUUCCGCCUCAUUCCCUUAGUCCGCCACGCUCGUGUUGCCAUCGUAAUCUCCUCCUCACCCCCCACUUCCCCAACCCCCUCCCUCCCCCGGUUUCCCCCCCUGCCCCCUCCCCCUGCACCCUCCCGCCACCGUAUGUGGGGCGGGGAGCAGCUGAUAGACGAGUCACCGAGCACGUUUGUGGACGCCGCCACGCGCAAGGCGCUGGUGGAGCAGUCCGUGGCGCUGGCACGCUCCAUCAACUACGACACCACCGGUCAGUGCCCACACCCGUGUGCUCUCCUGUGCUCCCUGCACACAGCACCUCAAAAGGCGCUGGUGCAGCGGUCGGUGGCGCUGGCGCGCUCCAUCAGCUACGACACCACCGGCACGGUGGAGUUCCUACUGAGUCAGAGCAAGGACAUCUACUUCCGAGGCAUGAGCACUCGCCUGCAUGCGGGGCACGUGGCAUCGGAGUGUGGGACGGGGGUGGACAUAGCGGGGCAUGUGGCAUCGGAGUGUGUGACGGGGGUGGAUAUCGUGGAGCUCAUGCUGAGGGCAACGGCAGGUGCACUCUUGAGUCCCCUUCCCCCCCACUCUUCCCCCCUUUUCCCCCACCCCCCUUCCCGUGCCUGUCAGGCGGGGCACGUGGCAUCGGAGUGUGUGACAGGGGUGGACAUAGCGGGGCACGUGGCAUCGGAGUGUGUGACGGGGGUGGACAUAGUGGAGCUCAUGCUGAGGGCAGCAGCGGGGCAGAAGCUCGCCGUGGCGCAGGAGCACAUUGCGGAGCCCAAGGGCUGGGCCAUUGGAGCGCGCAUCUACAGCGACAACCCUCGCAAGAACUUCCUCCCGUCGAGUGGCAAGAUCCUACGGUACAUAGAGCCCGUCAUGCAGUGCUCAAACGAGGGCAUUCUGCGCAUCGACUCGGGUGUUGCUGAGGGUGACGUCAUCAACUUCUAUUACCACCCCCUCAUGUCCAAGGUGACCACGUGGGCGCCCACACGCGAUGCGGCCAUUGACAAGAUGGAGUACGCCCUGGACCGGCACUACAUCGAGGGCAUAGAGAGCAACAUCCCCUUCCUGCGCUGCAUCGUCUCCCAUCCGGCGUUUGCAUCGGGCAACAUAACGACCAACUUCAUUCAGGACAACUUCCCUGCUGGCUUCUACAACGACCACCUCUCUCCCCGUGAAGAGGUGCGCCCCACCCCCCCCUCCCCAUGCCACGCCUGGAUGGCAGUGUCGCGGCCAUGUUUUCUCCUCAACCCUCUGCUGCAUCACCCUCUCUUCACGUGCCCACUGCCUCUCUUCACUCUCUCACCGCCCCUCCGUAUCCUUCCUCUUUCUAUCUUCCGCCUCCUAUUAUUCCUUAAACUUCUCUCACUGCUACUCCCUCCCUCCCACCCGCCCCUCCCCAACCCCCACCUUCAGAGCGAGUUGGCGGGCAUAUCAGCCUUCCUGCACGUGAUCAAGGGCGUGCGCGCCUCUGCCACCGUCACCUCCGACCGCCCGGCAGCAGACGCCACGGCAGCAGCAGCAGCGGCAACGCUGUCACAGAAGGCAGUGACGGAGAAGCUGGUGGUGUCCGUGGAUGGCCAGCAGGUGCCUGUCACCCUCACGCACUGGCCCUCCGACAAACACCCCGUGCUGCGCCGCGCUUAUCCUGCACUAACAGUCGCUGUUCCUGCGUUUGCUUGUGGUGGGGCGCAUGGGGUGUGUUGGGGCAAUCUGCUGUUCGUGUAUGUGCCUGUGGGGGGUCGCAUGGGGGGUUCGCAGAAGGUGGACGUGGCGGGGGAGGUGAUGGAGGUGGAGGAGCGCGACCCCAUCCUGAGUGGCAAGGGGCUCAUCCACAUGAGCCUGGACGGCAAGGACACCAGUGUGUGCAUCCGCCAGGAGCUGCCACGUGGCUUCUCCAUGCUCUACCACGGCAGCAUCAAGGACGAGGUGUUGGUGCAGCGAGCGGACUUAGCACCGCUGCAGAAGUUCAUGCCCAAGAAGAAGACCGACGACGUCGCCCAUCUCAUCCGCACGCCCAUGCCGGGCUCUGUCGUCAAGAUCUCCGUGCGCUACAAGCAGAAGGUGCUGCCCGGGGACGAGCUGGUGACGAUCGAGGCGAUGAAGAUGAGGAAUGUGAUUCGCGCGGAGGAGGCGGGGGUGAUCCGCGGCAUCUACGUGAAGGAGGGGCAGACCGUCAAGGUCGGCGAGAUGCUCCUCGACCUCGACGUGUAA